AUGGGGUUCUGGAAGAGACUCACAGAGUUCCUCUUCGUUGGAGGGGGCUACAAUGAUCAGUUCAGAUUUACGUCUGACCACUCACUUGUUGAUCCAGUCAACUCGGUAGUUGACGUGUUUGAUCCAUCUACUGUUGUUGGUGGCUCAUGCAAUACACCUACGAACAGAUCCUGCUGGGCUCCGGGCCUUGAUAUCUAUACCGACUAUGAAGAGGUCAUUCCAGAAGGUGAAGUUCGAAAGUUCCAUCUCGUGGUUGGAAAUCAUCAGAUCUCUCCUGACGGAUAUCUGGUCGAGCGCAUGCUGUUCAACGGGAGUUAUCCUGGGCCAACUCUAGAAGGAAACUGGGGUGAUACAUUUGAAAUCACCAUCCAUAACAAUCUUACAAACUUCAACGGAACAUCGGUUCACUGGCAUGGUAUCCGACAACUGAACACCAACUGGAUGGACGGUGUGUCAGGUGUCACCGAAUGCCCAAUCCCACCAGGCGAGACCAUGACUUAUCGCUGGAAGGCCACUCAAUAUGACGCCGAUGGACUGUUGGGCGCAAUCAAGAUCAACGGACCAUCUAGCAUGAACUACGACUAUGAUCUCGGCCCUGUACUCAUCACAGACCAUUUCCACAAGACAGCCUUUUCACAAGUCAUGCUCGAGUACUUGGGACGCCCCCCGGCACCAGACAGCAUCCUGAUGAACGGCAACGGAACAUACUACUGUUGUCCAAAGGGGAACAAAAACUGCGACAACAACUGCGUAGGCAAGUCUAAACUAACAUCAUUCAACUUUGAGAAAGGCAAAAAGUACAAGAUGAGUCUUGUGAAUACUGGUGUCUCAACACACAUGACCUUUUGGAUUGAUAACCACAACUUUUCCGUUGUUGCAACCGACUUUGUCCCCAUCACGCCUUACAACACCUCUAUUCUCAAUAUUGCUAUUGGCCAGCGCUACGAUAUCAUUAUCGAGGCCAAUGCCACGCUUCAUGAUUCAGCCAACUCCAAAAGAACCAACUUCUGGAUGCAUGCUCGCGACUGCAACAAUGGAGGAGCUCGCUCGAACCUAGGUAUUAUACGCUAUGACGCGAAGAACCAAAAGGUUCCUUGGACUCCACCUCCGGACGAGAAGCAUCUUUGCUACGGAUGUCUCGACGAGCUAGGUGUGAACCUCAAACCUAUCGUCAAGAGGACCGUCCCCCUCGCUGCAAAUGUAAACUACCAGAAUGAAUCCUUCAAGGUUCAUCUGGUAGGAUAUCCUGACGACACAGCCGAAAGCUCGACACUUCACAAAUGGGUUCUCAAGGAUUCAUCGUUCUACCUUGAUUGGGCUGAGCCCAGUUUGAGUCUUGUCAAGGUUGCUUAUGAGAAAGACUGGAAGCAUCCGAAGUGGCCCAAGGGCUACGAGCCUGUCAAUCUCGAGUAUACAAACGGCAGUUGGGUGUAUUUCUUGAUCGAAGGCAAGUUCAAGGAGUCUUUGCACAACAUGCCUGGACAUCCCAAGAUCUACAAGACGCAGGCUCCUGUGGCUCAUCCGAUGCAUAUCCACGGCCACGAUUUUGUCGUUCUUGCUUCUGGUGACAAGGAGUUUGAUGCAAGUACCGUCAAGUUAAACACGAACAAUCCACCUCGACGCGACGUGGCACUGCUUCCUGUCAAUGGGUACCUCGUCGUUGCAUUCCAAAUGAACAAUCCUGGUGUUUGGCUAAUGCACUGCCAUAUCGCUUGGCAUGCUAGUGGUGGACUUGCGCUUCAGUUCGUUGAGUCACCUAGACAAAUUGGACCGCAGUUCCAAAAGUCUGGUAUUCUGCCUCACUACUCUGAGCAGUGCAACAACUGGGCUGCGUAUUACACCAUGUUUAACAAGAAUGAGAACGCGACACAGGAGGACUCUGGUAUCUAG